UGGCUACAGGCGGCUAUUCUAGAACAGAGAAAAAUUCGUCCAAGUUCGUGUUUGUGGCGACCACACGUCUGAACUUGCUCCUUCUCUCUUCUUCGCUGCGAUUUUCCGGCGUCUAUCACUCGAAGAGACUCACUUUCUUCGCUGAAGGAAAAUCCAAUUUGUAGGGCUUCGUAUGAUCUUCCAAAUUCUCCUGCUUAUGAAAUUUCAGUGUGUGUUUUUUAUGUCAUCACCAUGAUUGUCUUGAAAUUUUGUACGAAUUACUCUCUCGUUGCGGGAGCAUGAUGUGAUUGAUUUUACGGCUGAAGAAACUCGUCGGCUUUCUUCUUGUUCGUGCCGACGGAAAACUCUUACUGAGAAGCAGUAAUGGACUUUAUAUUCAGAGGAAUGAAUGAUAAGUCAUCCGAGUGCUACUCUAAUAAUGAAAUGGACAUUCAGAGAUGCCCUUUCCUCAGGAAUAUCAAUAAACCAACCUGCUUUUCCUUCUCCACCAUGAAUUUCACCUUCCCGGUUCGGGGAGCGAAAGGGCCAAUUUUUGAGGAUGGUCCUAAUUUUGACACAGCGUUUAAGCUCUUUCAUGGUAAAGAUGGGGUUGUUCCACUAUCUGAGAAAUCCAGCUUUGAGACCUUAUUGCCAGAACCAGAGACUGCUCCUCAUUUCAACCCCCUGGCAGCAAAAGCUGCAACCAUCAGUCUGUCGGCUUUCGGACCGGGAGGGCCAUUCAGCUUUGGGAGCUUCUCUGAGAAAUGGAAGAAACAAAAGUCUGAGGCUUCCAACAAGAAAGAUCAUUCGUCACAGAAAAAAGGAGGUUCAUCGAAGCACGAGGCUCUGGGAAGUGAGUGGCUGGAAACAGGGAACUGCCCAAUUGCCAAGUCUUUUAGAGCUGUUAGCGGAGUCCUCCCUCUUGUUGCAACAGCUUUUCAGCCACCCCCUGGUAUGAAGCUUAAGUGCCCGCCUGCUAUAGUCGCUGCCCGAGCUGCCCUUGCUCGUACAGCAUUCGUGAAAAAUCUGCGUCCUCAACCGCUUCCUUCAAAAAUGCUCGUCAUUGCGGCCUUAGGCAUGGCAGCAAACGUUCCUCUUGGUAUAUGGAGGGAGCACACUAAGAAGUUUUCAUUUUCAUGGUUUGUGGCAAUUCAUGCAGCUGUACCCUUCAUUGGCAUGCUUCGGAAAUGUGUCUUGAUGCCAAAGACAGCCAUGGCAAUGACCAUUGCAGCUUCUAUACUAGGGCAGGUUAUUGGUUCGAGGGCUGAACGUAUGCGACUGAAAGCUAUUGCCGAGAAGGGGAAGGCAACGACAGUUAUACCAACGCUAGAUACUACUCCAAGCUAUGAGUUAACCCAGGUUGAUGCCAUUGUAGGUGGUCGUUGUGGUGUUGAAAGAAGGGUGUUCGAUCCUCUCCAGAAGAAUGGUAGGCAGACGUCAACCCCAGCAAAUGUAUGCUCUUAAGGCGACUUUGUAUAAAUACAAGCAUAUUACAAAAUAAUGAAGUGCCAUCGAUAUCGGUUAUGGGACUCGGCCUGUUGUGAAAUGUAGAUCUAAUUGAUAUUCAACCUUUUGGGAUGGCUGGUUAUCAUAUAAUGUUAUGCAUUAUGCUUUUGAUUAGCGACUCUUUAGCUAAAUAUAAAUAAAUAAAUAAAUCCUUCUUGAUGA